UCAGUUAGUCAAACCGUAUGCGCUUAAUUUCCACUGAAAAUACCCGCAACCGUCCGCAUCCGUUCUCUGCUUUCUUUUGCUGGUUCUUUGAUUUCGAAUCUAAAGUCCAACAGAGUCGAAGGCAACAAUCCAUAUCCAAUUCCACGUCUUUCUGAAUUUCUAUUUCAUAUCUGCUAAGGGCUUCUUCACAUCAUUUCUGAUUUCUUCUUGCUUGCUUCUUUCCUUUUAGUAUUUUCUUUCUUGCCUCUUUUUUUACCUCUCUGACAGUCAUCUGUAUCCCCAAAGCAAAAAAAUAAAUAAAUAAAUAAAAUAAAAAUGGAAGCAAUUGGUACUGGUGCUGCUGCCAAUGUCUCUUCCGAAGCUGCCAAAGGUAUUUUCCACCAAGUUAAACAUCAUAUUAGAUAUGUAAUCUUCUACCAGAAAAUUGUGGACAAGUUCGAGCAGAAACACAGGACGUUGAUUGCAAAAAGAACUAGUGUGCAGCAAGAUGUUGAUGUUGCAGAAAGGAACGGGGAGAAGAUUAAAGCCGAUGUCCUGGAUUGGCGCCACAGAGUGGAGAAGGUUGUCACUGAAAAGGAGAAGAAAGUGAAGGAUCUUGAAGUCAAAGCAAAGACCAAGUGCUUCCUUGGCUUGUGUCCCAAUAUCAAGUCUCGCUACCAGCUUAGCAGGAAAGCAGAAGAAGCUGCUGCUACUUUUGAUGAGCUUAUCAAAGAUUGCCAGUUUGGGCGCGUGGGAUACCUUGAUGUUCCUGAACCCGUAGUCCAUACAGACUUUGAGGCCUUUAAAUCAAGAGAGAAGGUUUUCAAUGAUAUCGUGGAGUCACUGAAAGAUGCAACAACAAGCAUGAUUGGAGUGUACGGGAUGGCUGGUGUGAGCAAAACAUCGCUGGUCAACGAAGUUGAGAGACAACUCCAUGAGGUCAAGUUAUUCGAUUCAGUAGUUAGGGCAAUUGUAUCUCGAAUUCCUGACAUUAAGGAAGUCCAAGACCAAAUGGCGUACUCAUUGGGUUUGAAGCUUGAAGAAAACAGUCCGGUUGUAAGAGCCCGUAGAUUGUGUGAAAGGUUAAGGAAGAAGAAAAAUGUUCUUAUUAUUUUGGAUGAUCUUUGGAAGAAACUGGAUCUAGCGGAAGUCGGAAUUCCAUUUGGAAGUCAACACAAAGGAUGCAAAAUACUGUUGACCUCAAGAUAUCAAAAUGUUCUAAGCAAUGGGAUGGAUGCUACAAAGACCUUUGCAAUUGGUGAUUUAGAUGACGAAGAAGCUUGGGAGUUCUUUAAGAAGAUGGCCGGGGACAGUGUUGAAAGUGAUGAGGAGCUGCGAUCUACAGCAAUUGAGGUAGCCAAGAAAUGUGCAAGAUUACCGCUUGCCCUUGCAACAGUUGCAAGGGCGUUGCGAAAUAGAAGUUUAUUUGUUUGGAGGGAUGCUUUACAACAACUACAGAGGCCUUACUUAAAAAAAAGCUCGAGUGAGAUAUCUGCUGAGGUACAUUCGGCUAUUGAGUUGAGUAUCAAUCAUUUAUCGAGUGAAGACCUCAAGCAGAUUUUCCUGCUUUGCAGUUUACUGCGUCGUGACACUAGGAUUGAAGACUUGUUGAGAUAUGCUUGUGGUUUUGGUCUAAUUAAAGGAGUCAACACCAUGAAAGCAGCACGAGAUAGGCUGUUAAAAAUGAUGAGUACCCUCAAAGAAUCUUGUUUGUUGCUUGAUAGUAAAAGUACCAAUGAGGAGUACUUUGAUGUGCAUGAUCUUACUUAUAUUGUGGCUAAAUCAAUCGCUUCAAAGGACAAUCAAGUGCUUGCUUUAACGGAUGAGGACGAGGAUGAGGAUGAGGAAGAGGAUGUUGUAACAGAUUGGCGAAAUGGAGAGUCAAUGAAAGAGUGCAACAAGAUUAUUUUGCAGCAUCCUAAUAUCAACAAGCUUCCUGACCAGUUGAAUUGUCCGCAGCUUUUUCUUUUCCUUUUGUUUAACAAGGAUCUCUCCUUGACGUUGCCAGAUAACUUCUUCAAGGAAGCAAAAGAUCUUAAAGUCUUAGAUUUGACUGGCGUGCAUUUUUCUUCUUUACCUUCAUCAAUUUGUCUCCUAACUAGCCUCAGUACACUGUGCCUAGAUCACUGCAAUCUGGGAGAUAACCUAACCAUUAUUGGAGCGCUCAAGAACUUAAAUGUGCUUAGCCUUUUGCAAUCUGAUAUCAAAAUUGUACCCAAGGAAAUUGGGCAAUUGUUGAAGCUAAAGUUGUUAGAUGUAAGUGGCUGUACUAAACUCGAAAAAAUAUCAGCUGACGUCUUGCCACGUUUGUCAAAAUUAGAAGAAUUAUAUAUGGGUGGCGCUUCUAUUCAAUGGGGAAAACCCAAUGCUAGUCUUGCUGAACUGAACACACUGUCUCAUUUGUCCACUUUAGAAGUUCAAAUUCCGGACGCCAUGGCUGCUCCAGAGGACUUCUUUCAAAAGUUGCAAAAGUUGGAAAGAUACAGGAUUUGCAUAGGAAAGGAAUGGGAGCGGUUUGGCAACUACCAAUAUUCAAGAAUCUUAAAACUCAGAUUAAACACAAGAAUUGAUGAUUUGGAUCAUGGAAUUAAGAAGUUGGUAAAGAGAACUCAAGAUUUAGAAUUGGAAGAACUGAAAGGUGUGAAGAUUGCACUGAAGGAGUUAACAGAUGAGGAAAGACCAUCACAUUUGCAGAAUCUGCAUAUCCGAAAUGGUUUGGAUAUUGAAUCGAUCAUUAAUGAUAAAAUUGAAUUUCCUCGAUUGCAGUCCUUGACAUUGCAGGGUCUUCCUCAACUCGUUAGCUUUUGCUCUCAAGACAAAAUCGAUGCUACCUCAUUGCCUCAACUUGAAUUGCCACUUUUCGGAGAAAAGAUAUCGUUCCCUUCCUUGGAGAAAUUGCACUUGUCAUCGCUUAAUGUUACAAGGGUAUGGCACAAUCAGUUGUCAAAUGUAUCUUUUUGUACUCAUGAGAAGUUAACCACAUUGAAAAUCGAGGGUUGUGGAAACAUAAAAUACCUAUUAUCAUUUUCUAUGGCUAAAUAUCUAGUUCAUCUCAAAUACUUUGAGAUAACUGCGUGCAACUGCUUGAGAGAGAUAAUUUUUUUGGAGGAUAUAGAAGAAGAAACUCAGGCUACCAUGGCUUUAUCAUUAUUUCCUCAGUUAAAGUCCUUAGAGCUAAAGGAUCUUCAGCGUUUGAGUGGAUUUUGUUCCAACUCCCAAAAUAAAGUUAUUGAAUUUCCAUUCAUGAAGUCAAUGGCGAUAUACAACUGUCCAAAAUUGGACGGUUUCAUUUGUAGAUAUACAAGGGAAGGGAACCGACGAAUCUCUAGUCAAGGUGAUCUGUUUGACAAUAAGGUUGCAUUUCCCAGUUUGGAGGAAAUGAGUAUUUGCUACUUGAGAAAGAUGAAGAUGAUAUGGCGGAACCCACUUCCACCAAAUUCAUUCCCCAAACUACAACAAUUGAGAGUUGAAGGAUGUGAUAAGUUGUUAACCAUUUUCCCAUCUAAUAUGCUGACAACAUUUCAAAGGCUGCACCGUCUAACUGUAAACACUUGUGGUUCCUUACAGCAAGUAUUUGAAAUCAUGCAUGAUGAAAAAGAAACCGCUUUGCUUGCAACCGCUCAACUAAGAGAAUUGCAUAUUGGAGGAUUACCAAAGUUGAAAUAUAUUUGGAAAAAUGAUCCCAAAGGAAUUUUUUCAUUUAAAAAAAUCUGUGCAAUAUCUGUUUUGGGCUGUCGAAGUUUGAAGAAUGUAUUUCCAGCCUCAGUAGCCAAAGACCUACCACAACUUGGUUAUCUUGCAAUAUCUGAUUGUGGAGUGGAGGAGAUUGUUUCCAAAUUAGAGGAAGGAUCAAAUUCGGAAAUAGCCGUCAAUUUCAAGUUUGAUCAACUAUACGCCCUUAUGCUUUGGAGGCUACCAGAAUUGAAAUGCUUCUACCCAGGUAAAUAUACUGCAAAGUGGCCAAUGUUAAACAAGUUGGAAGUAGUUGAGUGUGGGAAAAUGAAGAUCUUAGGUACACAACUUGAUUCCCCAAUCCAUCCACCGCUUUUCUUGGUUGAAAAGGUCAUCCCUAAACUACAACAUUUGACAUUAGAUAGUGAUUACAUUGCAAUGAUAAGUGAUGGUCAAUUUUCAAGCAGCCUUUUUCAUGAAAUAAAAGCUUUUCAAGUGCAUGGCCACGGUGCUAAAUCAAUUGAUUUCCGAAUUUCUUUCCUUGAGAGAUUCUACGCUCUUGAAAACCUUACCAUCUCUUAUUAUGAAAUAAAAGAGCUAUUUUGUACUGAAGGAGAUACCGGUAAUGAGGAGAUGUAUGCUGGGACUUUGUCAACAAUUAGAAACUUAAAAUUGGUAGCUCUUAAUAAUCUAAAAGAUUAUUUAUGGAAGCAAUACGUACAGGUGGACCACAUUCUGCCCAAACUUGAGACUAUUGAAGUUCACGAUUGUUACAAUUUGAUCAGCUUAGGAUCAUCCUCGGCAUCAUUCCAAAAUCUCACCACAUUGGAUGUGUGGAAUUGCGAAGCUAUGAAAUACUUAGAUACGUGUUUAGCAGUCCAAGUUAUGGCCCAACUCAAGAAGUUGAUGGUAAAAGACUGCAUUUCAAUGACAGAAAUAGUUGCAACUGAGGGAGAUGAAGCAACUUGUGACAUUAUUUUCAGCAGGUUGAAAAGUUUGGAACUUGUGAAUCUACCGCGACUUAAGAGCUUUUGUUCAGGCAACCACACAUUUGGAUUCCCAUGUUUAGAGGAAUUAAUAGUGAGUGGUUGCCCUGAAUUGGAGAUAUUUUGUAAGGGAGUUUUAACUAAUCCACCAUUAUUGCAAAAAGUAGAGUAUGGAAAUGAUAAUGGACAUUGGUAUAUUGACCUUAAUAACACUAUCCAACAAAUGUAUUCAAUAAAGGCUGGGUUCCAAGCUAUCGGGUAUUUAGUCCUCUCAGAAUUUUCAAAGUCAAUUGAAAUAUGGAAGGAGAACAUUCAUGGAAGUUUAGAUUUCAAGAAACUUAAGGUUUUAGAAGUUUAUAAGUGUAAUAGCAUGACAUACAUAUUUAGCGUUUCCAUGGCUUUAGAUCUUGCGCAACUAGAAGACAUAAAAGUGAAACAAUGCCCUAUAAUGGAGCAGAUUAUCAAAAAAGGAGCAGAGGAAACUGAAAUGGUUACACUCUUGUUACCCAUGCUUAAGAAGAUAAGACUUGAGUCAUGUUCAAGGUUGACAAGUUUUUGUAUGGGAAGCAUUACCCUGCAAUGUCCGUCUUUGCAUGAAAUUGCAGUAGAUGAUUGCCCAAAGAUGUAUGCACUGGCAUCUAAAAGGGAGCAAGAGGAUAUAGAGGUAGUUGGCAGAGAAAAGAUACCCUUUUUCAAUCAUAAGGUUUUGUGUGCCAACUUGCAGUACUUGGAACUUUCAUCAACUAACAUCAAAAAAUUAUGGCCUGAUAAACCAGACAGGGCUAUAUCCUCUAAUGUUCUGAACUUACAAAUCUUAAUUGUGAAGGGUUGCCACAAUUUGGAAUAUCUAUUCCCAUCCCUUUUAGUAAAAAAAUUUGAGCGGCUCCAUCAACUUAGCCUUCUUGAUUCCAAAAACAUGGAAGAAAUAAUAUUUACAGAUGGAUUAGCAGCAGGAGAAGGGAUACCGAUUUACGUGUUCACUAAGCUACAAAUACUGGAGCUCAUUAGGCUUCCAAAACUAAGGACAUUCUGCCAUCAAGAAAACUCAGAGACCAAUACUCUUUUCAACCAAAAGGUUGCGUUUCCUAGUUUGAAUGAUUUGAGAAUUGUAGGCAUGGGAAAGUUUAGAAAGAUAUGGCACGAUAAACUCACUAUGGGUUCAUUUCAUGAAUUAACCUUCCUUAUGGUCGAACAGUGUGACAGACUUUCGAAUAUUUUACCAUUUGAUAUGGUGGAAAGACUUGAAAAACUAGAAACUCUGCAAAUAUUGGAAUGUGAGUCGGUAAAAGAAAUAAUUGGACUUGCUGACGAUCAUGAACUCAACUCAAAUGAAUCGAUUGAGCUCAAAUCAACCACCAAGUUUGUGUUUCCUAAAAUAAGACAGCUGAUACUUCGUAAGCUACCCAAAUUGAUUGGUUUCUACUCCAAGGUGCAUACUACAGAUUGGCCAUUGUUAAAACAAUUGGAGGUGUGUGAAUGCAGCAAGGUGGAGACAUUCGCUGGGGAGCAUCUCAACUUUAGAGAAACACAAGGAGAGAGCCAACCCGUUCUCUCUGUUCAACAACCCCUAUUUUGGGUCACUAAGGAAACAUUCCCCAAUUUAGAAGAAUUAUUUUUGGUUCGGAAUGGCUAUAUGAAGGUAUGGCUUGGACAUGGACCAGAUCCGAAACAAUAUUGUCCCAAACUAAGAAAGUUAUAUUGUCCCAAAACAUGAGUUACUAUCUCGGAUUGUUUCAUUUAGUCAUUACCAAAUCUUGAAUACCUUUCUUUUGGCAAAGGGCUACCUUCAAUGAAUUAUUUCCAUGUAAAGGAAUAAGAGAUAAAAACAAACCUGUAGGAAAACUUGCUUGCUUGAAGGAAUUAAGGUUGUAUUAUCUUCCUGAGUUGACACAUCUCUAGAAGAACAAACCAUCAGUUGCAGAAGUUUUCUACAAGUUUUGGGAUGCUGCAAAUUAAAGAAUUCUGUGCCAUAUUUUGUAUCAUUCAAACAUUCGACAACUCGAAAGUAUCAAAAUGCCAUGGAUUCAGGAAUUUAGUAACAUUCACAAUAGCUAAAAGCAUGGUCUAACUCACAAGAAUGAGUGUUACUGAUUGCCAAAUGUUAGAAGAAAUCAUAGCUUUUCUACACGUUUUCUCCCAACUCAAGUCUUUAGAACUUGGUAGUCUUUCAAGGCUCUGCUCAGAGAAUUACACAUCGGUAAUAUUUCCUUCCUUGGAAGAAGUAUUCAUGAGACUUGUGUCCAAAGAUGAAAUUUUUCACAAAGAACAGUUAAGUACACCAAUGCUGCUUGGAGUACAGAAUACUAAAGGUGAAGAUGUAGAGCGUUGGGAAGGCGACCUUAAUGCCACCAUUCAGCAGUUGUUCAUAGAAAAGGUAGUCAUCAAUUUAGAAAAUUUUAUGUUGGUUUAAAUGGGUUAAUGCUCACCUUUGCAACCUUUAUAUUGGCUUAACGGAUUAGUACUUGCACUUUUUCAUCAAUGACUUUGCAUACAAGUUUACUGCAAAGGCUGCAAAAUUUACACUUUCAUUUAUGAAUAA